AGACCAGACCAGAGCACGCGAAUGCAAGUAUGCAACUCCCCGUCUCGCGCAAGUCCAACCUGGACAGAUCUACCGGCGUCGGGACCCACGUUGCUCGGCGCAAAAAGAUAGAAGAGAUGGCGCCCGUGGCCGACGCCGCCGUCGUCCCGAGCCCGGCGCAGGCGGCGGCGGACCCCGAGGGCCUCCGGAAGGCCGUGCAAGGUGAACGGGUCAGGCGUAUUCGCCCCGAUCUCUCGUCAGCCGGGUGGGGCACGGACGAGCGGGCGCUGAUCGAGAUCCUCGGCCGGCGGACGGCCGCGCAGCGCGCCGAUGUACGCCGCGCCUACGCGGGGCUCUACCGGGAGUCCCUCCUCGACCGCCUCCGCUCCGAGCUCUCCGGCGACUUCCGGACCGCCAUGGUGCUGUGGGCGAUGGACCCGGCGGAGCGGGGCGCGCGGCUGGCCAACGCCGCGCUCGCCGCCGCCGCCGCCAAGAGAGCCAUCAGCGACCAGCACGCCUGGGCGCUGGUCGAGGUCGCCUGCGCCUCCGUGCCGGACCACCUCGUCGCCGUCCGCCGCGCGUACCGCUCCCUCUUCGGCUGCUCGCUCGAGGAGGACGCCGCCGCCUGCCCGGCGCUCCAGGACGCGCUCAGGAAGCUGCUGGUGAGCCUGGUGCGGUCGUACCGCUGCGAGGCGGAGCUCGUCGACGAGGGCGUCGCGGGGGUGGAGGCGGCGCAGCUGGCCGAGGCCAUCAGGAGGAGGAAGCAGCCGCACGGCGACGAGGUGAUACGGAUCGUCAGCACGAGGAGCAAGCACCAGCUGCGGGCCACGUUCCGGCGGUACGAGCAAGAGCACGGCGCCGGCAUCGACGAGGACAUCGCCAAGCACAGCAGCAGCCAGUUCUCCAAGAUCCUCAGGAGCGCCGUCUGGUGCCUGACGUCGCCGGAGAAGCACUUUGCAGAGGCUAUCAGAUACUCCAUCUUAGGAUUUGGAACGGACGAGGAAACACUUACCAGGGCGAUCGUGUCCGGGGCCGAGAUCGGCAUGGAGAGGAUCAAAGAGGAGUACAAGGCCAGGUUCAAGACCACGGUGACCAGCGAUGUCGUCGGGGACACCUCCGGGUAUUACAAGGACUUCUUGCUGACCUUGGUGGAGAGUGAAGAUUAGGCAGCCUGCUUCGGUUGGGCACAUGUUGUGGAAUGUGCAUGUAUCCGCAACCACGAAACAAAAAGGUUGAAUCAGAGAUCCAGAGUGCAUGGUUAACAGUUCAUGCUGUGUGUUUAUUAAGGACUUGUUAUGCACUGUAAACAUGGAACUUCGAAGAUGCACAUUCAUCGGUUCUUUUUUCAAGAUUAGAAAAUGGUGCAUAUUGUUCAGAUCUCCCAAAA